GGGCAUGUUAUGUUAUUUUUGACAGGCUACAUUACUAACAUAUUUAAGUUGUAUAUAAAAUAGCCAAUGUCAUCAAAAUUUAAAUUAUCCACAUGUAUUUGUUCGCUUUGCAUUGUGGGCAUCAGCGCCUCCCCACGUGUCUGCAAAGAGGAGUCAACAUGGCACCAAGCGCCACACCGUUAGAGUUCAGCUGUGCUAGCCUGGACUAGAAACCGUACCUUUCACAGCCACACUUGAAUCUACGAAUGAGAUAGCAAAAGCUCUCCCGCAAACUGUGCAGGUUAGGUCUUUGCAAUCUGCUGCUUUGCGAUUAUAACUCACUCCCCGCCUCAACAUGGCCAGUGGAGAGGAUGAUGACCCGGUUAUAGAAGAGAUUGAUGUCUAUUUAGCCAAAAGUCUGGCAGAAAAGCUCUAUCUCUUCCAGUACCCUGUACGACCAUCGAUGAGCACCUAUGAUGAUGUCAACCACUUAUCUGCUAAGAUAAAACCCAAGCAGCAAAAGGUAGAGCUGGAAAUGGCCAUUAAUACAUUGAGCCCCAACUACUGCCGCAGCAAGGGCGAACAGAUAGCUCUCAACGUGGACGGUACUACCUAUGAGGAAACCAACACCUACUCAACGAAGAUAAUGGACAAGCAGACGUUUACCUCCAUCCAGGCCACCACCAACACCUCCAGAUUUGCUGCUGCCGUGUUCCGCAAAGGGGAGCUCCACAUCACUCCGCUGCAGGGAAUCCUCCAGUUGAGGCCCAGCUUCACCUACCUUGACCGGGCGGACGGCAAGCAGCGGGAGAGGGAGGCGGCCAACGAAGGGGGAGACUCCUCUCAGGAUGAAGCGGAGGAGGACGUCAAAGCCAUUACUGUGAGGUUUUCCCGCCCUGAGUCCGAGCAGGCCCGCCAGAGGAGGGUCCAGUCCUACGAGUUCCUCCAGAGGAAGCAGGCAGAGGAAUCGUGGGUUCACCUGCACUACCACAGUCUCAGGGAUGGGCGAUCUGAACACGAGAGGCAGUACCUGUACUGCCAAGCUAUGGAUGCCUCGGAUAACUCUGAACUGGUCAAAACCCCAAAGGAGUACUUGGCCAUGCUGAUGCCCCCUAUGGCUGAAGAAAAAAUUGUGAGGCCGACGGGUCCCAGUAACGUGCUGUCCAUGGCCCAGCUGCGCACCCUGCCCCUGGCGGAGCAGAUCAAAACGUUGAUGAAGAACGUUAAGGUGAUGCCCUUCGCCAACCUCAUGGGCCUCCUUGCCACGGGCAUCGACUCCACUGCGGUGCUGCGCUGCAUCCAGCAGGUGGCGCUGCUGGUUCAGGGGAACUGGGUUGUUAAAAGUGACGUCUUGUACCCCAAAAACACCUGCAGUCCCCACAGCGGUGUCCCUGCGGAGCUCCUGUGUCGAGGCCGGGACUUUGUGAUGUGGAGAUUCACACUUGAACGCUGGUUGUUGAGGAAGGAAGUGGCCGCCAUUAUCAAGCUUCCCCCAGAGGACGUCAAGGACUUCCUGGAGCACAUGGCGGUGCCUCGCAUCAACCGCGGCUGGGAGUUUGCGUUGCCUAACGACGGCAAUUUCAUUAAGAAGCACCCAGACGUGACCCACAGGCAGCAAAUGCUGUGGCUCGGCAUCCAGAGCAAGUUGGAGAAGGUUUUCAAUUUCAACAAGGACGACUUCAUCCCCAAGAACACCCCGCCGCAAGAGUCGGUGCAUGUCAGCGGGGAGCAGCGGCUGAAGGCUGCGCAGGAGCGAGCGCGGCUGAGCCAGACGUCGCUGCAGCACGCCCUCCUCGCCAAGAAGCGUGAGGCGCCGCCGGGGUCCGACGUCCAGGUGAAGCAGGAGCCGCUCAGCGACGGGGAGGACGGCGAGCAGCCCAUGGACACCUCCUCCGCCACCGCCGCCUCCCUCAACGGCGGCGUCAACGGCUACUCCGGCGCCGGCUCCCCGGCCUCGGAGCACGCCAACGGCACGGCGCCGCCCGCCGAGCUGCGGGACUUUGUGGCAAAGACUUUCAAGAAGGACAGCGUGCUGACGCUCAGCGAGCUGAAGAGGCUGUUCAACCUGCACCUGGCCUCGCUGCCGGCCGGCCACGGCAGCGCGCUCAUGGCCGUCUCGGACCGCAUGCUGCAGGACGCCAUCCUGCUCAGCCAGUGCAAGCAGAUCCUGGUGCCGUUUCCCCCCCAGAGCACAGCAGCCCCUGAUGAGCAGAAGGUGUUUGGUGUGUGGGAGACGGGAGAUGCGUUGGACAAGCACCGGCGGCUGCUGUACGAGCUGUUCUCGUCCAACUUCCGCGUGAGGAGGAAGGUGAUCCAGACCCGCCUGGCGCAGGAGUUUGGAGACGACCUCGCCAAGACGGACGUGGACCGGCUGCUCAAAGAAUGCUGUGGCAGCCUCAGCGGAUGGUGGUACCUCAAAGGAACAACACAGUCCUGACACUAAGAGGAUCCCCCCCCCCCCCCCCCCCCAAGCCAGGUUACCUCCCCGCCCCCCCCUCCCACCCACCCUCUGGAGCUCAACUUCGUGUCGGAGGCCAGUCAUGGAACAAGAGGCGGUCACAAACGGUCUAAAAAUCCAAGUUUGGGUUGCGGUGGAAGGGGCUUGAGGGGGAGGGGACAUGGACCACGGAGCUCUUCGCUGAUUGGCCUUUAUUUGCGUCAGAGCUUCAUGCUGAGUUCUGAUUGGGUGCGUGGUGGACCAGCGUGGCCCGACAUGCCAUUGUGUGAUAGAGUGGUGGUGGAUAUCAAUGUAUGGAUGUGUGUGUGUGUGGCUUAUAAAGAGAAGCAUUCGAUUACAGACUAUGUUAAACAGUGUUUAUUGGAGCAGGACUGAUUAAGUUGAACGGUUUGACAAUUCAGAGUGCGUGGUAUGUUUUUCUCCUGCCGAGUGGCCUUCGCAAAUCUUCAUCACACAUACUGCUAGCUUCCCAAAAAUCACUCGGUGAUGCCUUGAGUUUGGCAAGAACAAAAAACGGUUCGGUUUCAUCUUUCACCUCUAGAGAAACGUAUGAACACAGUCAUAGCAACGAUAGUACAAAUGGCCAUAUUUGAAAGAUAUGAAGUGUGUUUGGGAUCGUGCCAAACUCGUAUUGGGACAACCACUGCAAACGAAAGUCUUCAGGUCGUUCAGUUUGACACGGAGACGGUUGAACAGAAGAUGCCACAGAAGUCUUGGAUCGCCUCAGAAGUGCGUCAAAGUCCUCCGAUGCUAAAUUAUGUAAUAAACUGACUGAUAACCAACUA